AACCGGCUGCCGGCAUCUGGCCAAUGCAUAAAGAAAAAUAUAGCCAAUGAGAAUAUUGAAAAAUGUUCACGUUAUUACUUUUCUAAGGGCUUCUUGGAAGUCAUUUGAACGGAUUCACGAUGAAAUGUCUGAAUGGUUACGUGCUGUAAUCAAACACAUAUACAUACAUUAAACACUAACUAGUUACUAGUCACCAGAGUACUUCAAAUUGGAACGAUUGUUUGGUAUUUAUCAUUUAAUAAUAACUUUUUACUAUCAUUCGUGCGUUUAUCUUUAUCUUCUAAUAGCUGAACAAUUAAUUAUUAAAUAUCGCCUACGGAUUAUUUUUUUCUUGAUAGAAUAAACAUCUUUAUGACACUACAGCACACUCGUAUUAGUUUCAUUUCAUUACUGAUUAUCACUUACAAUAACUAUAAUAUACAGUGAUUUAAAGUUUUGGUUACUUUUUUAGUUUCAUAAUAAUAUUAAUUGUAAUUUUUCACUUUCUAUUGUCUCAAAAAAAUACUUAUGGAUUCUAAUGAACGUAUAAAAGUUGGCAUACUUACUGUUAGUGAUACGAGAACUUACAAGACAGAUUCAAAUGCAUUGAAUUUUGAUUAUAGCGGACAAAAUUUAAAGGAUUUAAUCAAUAUUCACAACUUAAUAGAUUCUGCUAUAGUAGUCAAAUAUGAAUGUGUCAUAGAUGACUAUGAAAAAAUACGGACACAAAUGUUGGAUUGGUGUUGUUCUGGAAAAAUAGAUGUAUUGCUGAGCACUGGAGGUACUGGAUUGAGUUCUCGUGAUGUGACCCCUGAAGCAACUCUUUCAGUUGUGCAAAAAUUAACUCCCGGAAUAACUCAAUCAAUAAUAAACGAGAGCUUAAAAAUCACUCCAAUGGCAAUGCUUUCUAGACCUGUAUCUGGUGUAUUUGAACAUACUUUAAUAAUCAAUUUACCAGGAAGUAAAAAAGCUUCGGAAGAAUGUUUACGUAUUGUAGCUAAAGUCAUACCACACGCUGUUUCACUUAUUAAAAACGAAAAUGAUAUAACAAAUAAUUUUCAUAAUAAUAUAGAAAAAAAUUCUUGUGCUCAACUGUCAACACUUCCCGAAUGUCUAACAAAAAUAGCUUCACGCUGUAGAGAAUCACCAUUUCCAAAAAUUAGUAUCGAACUUGCCCUAAAUUUGCUACAAGAACACUCGUAUAACAAUUACAUAAAAAAUAAAACAACUAAAACCAAAUACCCUCGUGUUUGGAUAAUUUCUACUGGAGAUGAACUUAAAAGUAAUGAAAACGCAUCUCUUGGUUAUAUUAGAGAUACAAAUUCUUCAAUGAUAGAAGAUAUAUUGUGCCAUGACAGAUUUUUUAAUGUUUGUUGCCGAAACAUAAUAAAAGAUAACUGGUUUGAUCUUUGUAAAGAAUUUGAAAGUGGAUUUAGUGAAGCUGAUAUAAUAAUAACUAGCGGAGGAGUAUCUAUGGGCGAGAAAGAUCUAAUAAAACAUGUACUCAAAGAACACUUUCAAGCUGAUAUUCAUUUUGGAAGAGUUAAUUUAAAACCUGGAUUACCCACAACAUUUGCAACAGUUCUGUACAAUAACAAAGUAAAAUUUGUGUUCUGUUUACCUGGGAAUCCAGUGUCUGCUGGUGUCUGUACUCAUAUAUUUGUAUUACCGUUCCUAAGAUCAGCUAUUAAUAGAAAUAACAUUUUUCAUAAUUUUAAAGCAAAGCUAACACAUCAUAUUUCAAAUUUGGAUGUAAGACCAGAAUUUAAAAGAGCUGCAUUGAAGUAUAAAAAUGGAGAGUUGACUGUGUCGUGUUUAACUGAUCAUCAACAGAGCAGCAGACUUAUGAGCUUUGUUGGAUCAAAUUGUCUACUUCAGUUACCUUCAUCAACAGUACAAGUAAAUAUCGAAGCAGGAACAGUUUGUGAUGUUAUUCUUACCAAUAAUGUAGAAAGUAUUUAUACUGCUAUGUCAUUGCAAAACAGCAACUUUUUAUCAAUAGAUAAAAUCCUUAAGAUUCAGGAUCUUGUUCGAUUUAAAACACACGAGGGUCUAGCCAGUGUACAAGAGGUAUUGGAUUUAAUAGAAAUAAACUACUGUACUGAAUCAACAGAAAUACCUAUUGAGUUGGCUAGAGAUCAUGUUUUAUGUUCUACAAUUUAUUCUCCUGAAAAUUUGCCACCUUUCCUAGCUUCAAUUAAGGAUGGAUAUGCUAUCAACUAUGACAAUGACUCAACCUGGUUUGAAGGAAAUAAAAAUGUUUACAAAGUUGUACAAAUAUCAGUAGCUGGAACUGAACCUAAUGAACAAAUAAUGCUUCAUGUUAAAGAAUGUGCUAGAAUAAGUACAGGUGCUCCUGUACCUCCAGGAGCAAAUUGUGUUGUGCAAGUAGAAGACACAACAAUUGUUUCUAAAUCAUCAGAUGAAACAGUUGAAAUAUCAAUCGCUGUUUUAAAAAAGCCAAAACUAUAUGACAACAUUAGGAGAAUAGGUUUAGACAUUGCCUUAGGUCAAGAACUUUUAAAAAAAAACACCUUAUUAGAUCCUUUCUCAAAAGCAUUAUUAAAAUCAGUUGGUUAUACAAAUUUACCUGUGUACAAGAAACCAAAUGUGGAAAUAAUACCAUUUUGUAGCAGCUAUGCAUCAUAUGAUUAUUACGAAGCUUGUAAAUCAUUAUAUAAUGAUAUAACUAACGGAUUAUAUUUAUCAAGGAUGCCAAAAAUUGGACAUAAAUGUGGAAAAUGGUUUGAUGUCCAGAACAGAAUUUAUGAAUAUGAAAACAGUGAUAUUGAUGUUGUUAUAAUCUGUAGUGAUGAUCACUUAUUAAAAUUACCUUUUCAAGGAUCGUUUAAUCUGAAAACAUAUUUUCAUUUUACUACUAAUAAUAAAGAGAUUUCAUUUGGAUUUAUAGAAUUGCUAUUAAAGAACAAAAUGAUUACAGUAUUUCAUGUUACAAGUAUAGAGAUUGAUGUUAUUCAUGUAUUUUCUAAUUUGUUUCUACUACCUUUUUUAAGACACAUUAAUAGAAUGGAACCCAUCAUACCCUCAUUUAAAGUAAAGCUGGAUCUUUCCUAUACUUUAUGGGAUGCAGUACCUUCUUAUAAAAGAGCUCAACUUUUUUUCAAAAAUGGUCAGUUUUAUGUUAACUUUAAUGAGUAUGAAGAACUACUGAAUUCAUCUUGCCUGGUUUUGUUGCCUGCUUUAAACAGAGAUAAUAACAUAGUUAAUGCGGAAGUUAAACUAAAUGCAAUUAUCACUCAAUAUCCAUGGUGUGGUAGUUCAUAGUUAUAAGAAACAUUAUAUAAACAUUUAAUUGUUUUUUAUAGAAUUAAUAGUUAAACAAUGUUAUAUUAGCAAGUAUUUAAUUAUUUCAAUGUAUUACAAUAAGAAAAUGCUGAUUGUUUAUUACAAAAUUGUUAUGAGAAUUUUAUACUUGUUUUUACAAUCUAUUCUUCUAAAGUGUUUUCU